GUGCUUGGGUCUUGUGCUGUUCGUGGCUUUUCCGUCUGGCGGCUGUGGCGUUCCGGCCGUGAUUCAGGGCGGCGUUGGCUCCUUGCGUUCGCGCCCUUGUGUCUUGCUGUUCAGUUCAGGCUCCCCCGCUGUAUCUCCGUGGCGAUCUGCCUUCGUCCUUGCCAUGGCGCUCCGCGCUGACUCACCUUACGUUGUGAUUCCUGUGCUGGACCCAUUCUUAUGGCAUUGGUUUGUGUGGCAGGCAUGGAUGCCAUUUCAUUUCGCAAUGGCCCUGCAUCAGUGCAUGCCAUGCCCAUGUUGUGGAUUUUUCGGCAGUGACCGCCCGCAGGCGGGGCACGGGUCUUGUGACGUUCCUGCGGAUGGCCCGCGCGUGGAGAUUUGUCUGGCUCGUCACCUGCCCUUUUCAGAUCAGAUAUCGCAAUCUGCUUCGAGCUCGUCUAGAAAACCUCAUGUUCGCACAACAAAGCGGACUCCUUCCCGUGCCCGGGUGGUGGAGGUGCGCACCAAGGAAAGGGGCUUUGAUGAUGAGUUGCUGGAACACGCUAUGAAGGUGUUUGCGCAACAGGCAGGCUUGGAAGAUUUGCAGGUUGAUUGGAAUUCUUCCGGCCUGGGAGCUGUGAAGCAUGACAUUUGCGACCACAAUCUUGUCCUGCCACGGGUCCAAAAGUCGGCAUAUGCUACUGGUGAACAAGUUGUUCUGAGAGGCCUCAAGACGGCCGGUAUGAACGGGCAAACCGGUACAGUAACCACGUGCCUUCGUUCUGGCCGUUACGGUGUGCUUUUGUCGAAUGGUGGUCAGGUUGCAAUCCGCCCUUGCAACCUCGAUGUCCUACCUGACAGCCAAGGCAUUGCAAUGGCAGACAAGUCAAAUGAAUGCAUUCGCGUUGGUGACCAAGUGCUGCUGACCGGCCUCUCUGAUGACAGCUUGAACGGCGUCAAAGGCAUCGUUAUCCCCAGCCGCACUGCCAAUGACAGGUACGGAGUCCGUGUGCACAAUGAUCGAUGUGUUGCAAUUCGUGGUUCGAACCUGAUCAAGCUGGAGAGCCACUGA